UACAACAUUACUUGCGUGCUUGUGUGAUGAAGUGUUCGAGGAAAUCAUGCCGAGAGCUGUGGGAUCGCUUUCAAAAGCUCAAAGGCAAUGACAAUCACGCUGAUAUUGUAUUCAUUCUCCAUCCACAUGAAUUGAAAAUUCCUGCACACAAAUUAAUUCUCUCACUCGCAAGUACGCGCUUUUUGAGAGAGUUUUCGGAGAAUCAUGUAAAGAGCACGGAGAAAGAAGUAUAUCAACUAACAGACAUAGAUCCUCAACUAUUUGAUGCCUUUCUCACCUUCAUCUACACGGCAGACGUGGAAUUAUGUCCGGAAAUUGCCUUUGGGCUGAUUAAAUUGGCGAAAAUGUACGAAAUGGAUGAGCUGAGGGAAAUUUGUACGAACUACAUCCUCGAGACACUCAAUGAAUGCAACAUUUGGACAUACUUUGGUCACUCUGUGGAUAUGCUGGACGAAGAUGGUGGGGGUUUACUCAGAAACAAGUGCCUUGACUUCAUCUCUAAUUCCAACGGUGGUAUCUUCAAUCAACCCAGCUUCUUGGGGGUGCCUCGGGGUGGCAUCAAAUUGCUACUAGCGUUGGAAUCAAUUAGAGUGACUGAAAGUGAAUUGCUCGAGGUAAUAAUUAAGUGGAUUGAUUCUCACACUGCUGAUGGGCAAAGACAACGACGACGUGAACAUCUCGGUGAUUUACUGCAUCUCAUCCAUUUUCCCACAAUGUCCUCCACGGAGUUUAGUCGUCUUGUGCACAAAUAUCCAGAUAUUCUAACGGAUGAAGAGGUGCGUGAAAUAUUGCUGGCCAUUUCGGAAGUUCCCAACACUCCUUGUACAUUUCCCCGACACCCUCGAAUGCGCUUACCAAGAAUUCUAUCCAAUGGAAGCUCCCACCUUAGGAUUGUCUUUCAAUUCAACAAUAUUUCAGAAGCUCUGGAAAAAUCGCAAGACUUGGGGAUUACAUUCAAAAUGCAAAGUAAGGAGGAAACUUUUGUGUCUGGUAUUGGAAUUCUUGUUGAUCACCAUUUUGAUCAAUCAAUUCAUGGAAAAAUUUGUGUUCAAAUUAACACAGACUGUGGAUGGAAGGAUGAUUCAUUUCCAUCCAUUGAGGGAGGUCAUCAAUUGAAUCAUGGGAAUAAAUACAAACUUCUCUUUCUCGUAUUUGAGGAAAUUGUAAAGAUUACACCUCUUAUGUGGUACAAAAUUACCUUAUCUACCAAUUGCGAUAAAGUGUUGCGAGUUGAGGGGAAAUUUUGUGAGACAGUGAAAAUGAGUGAAACGGAAAAUGUGAAAUUCAUCAGGCAACAUAAGAGUAGCAGCAUUCCUUUGAUACUUUUCAAGUAGAGCUUUGCAACAAUAUAGGAAUUUUCUCUUGUUGCUGUUAUUGAUGAAGUUUUUCAAGGAGUUGUGUGCAACUUUAUACUAGAUUUGGUUUUGUAUAACAUUUUGAAUAUUAUAAUUAGUGGUUAAUAAAGAAGUCAAUAAGCCUUUACUCAGA